AUGCACCGGUUGGCCGCUCUUGGCUGUGGGGUCCGUCUGCCUCUGCUGUUUUUUAAUUUUUCCAAUUUGUCUUCUCGCGCCUUUCUUUCGUCGUCGUCGAGCAAACCGGGGCACUCCGACGACGAUGCGCUGGGCGCAGAGGACCCGUUUAAGGCCGUUGGGGCCACGCUGCAGGAGAAGCAAACAACGAAGGACAAUACCCUGCCACCCGACAUUGAUCCGGUUGAGUCCACAGUGAACCGCCGCAGGAACCGCCGCAAAAGGACCGUAGACUCCAUAUUUGGAGACGUUCUGCAUGACGCGCUGAAACUUCGGAACAUGGGCCACAAGCCGGACGCCGGCUUUGUCUACAAGCGGACGCAGGAGCGCAUGUAUGAAGAGGAGUACGGCCAUAAACCUCCCAGCGCAAAGGACCAUGCAGCAAAGUAUGUUCCUUUUCCACCCGAUUUGGGUCUUAACCGCUUGGUCCCGUUGGAAGGCAUUGUCGGAGAGGACCCGUGGCCGGCACGCGCCAUCACGGCGGAGAACCCAGUUUGGACGCGACGGCGGAUGGAGGAGGACCGGGUAAAGAAUGGUGGUGCACAACUCAGGGCAUGGGAGACGAAGAUGUUUGGUCCACGAGAGGGCUUUGACCCCUGCGGGGAAUUCAUAGACGCCAUCGAGGAACUCGGGUACUGGGAGGAGCGCUUUGUAAAGUUCAUCCGCGAGGUGCCCUUGCCGCAGCGCCGGACGUUGCCACUUUUACAUGAAAUUUAUCGCUACAUUACCCACAGGCUGGUGAGGGCGGAGCGACGCUACAUCGGAACGCGGGACGCGGCUCUGAAAAAGGCCCGUGCCUCGCCUACUGUGUACAAAAUGACAGAAACGAGCAUUGAUCACAUCCGGGGCUUGUACUCGGAGACUCACCGCUCUCUCUCGAGCCCCAAUUACGACCCCGUCCGUAUGAGGAAAUCAUUGACAGGCCCCCUGCUACAAAUGAGUGAGGCCGAAUUUGAGGAGUGGAAGAAUGUGCGAAAACACCAACGAAAUCGUCUCGUGGCCGAAAUUGUGUGA